UGUGCAGAACCUACACCACUACUGAGUGCUAUUCAAAACAAUGCGAUAGGACACCCAUCUGUACUGACUAGGAAGAAUAUGAAACACUACGAAUAAACAACCAAAUUAUCUGUAAUGUAUUAGCCCACAUUCCAUGUUUUGUUUACACACAGCUAUUGUUUACAUCAUUAUAGUUGUAGAAAUCCUCCCCCUGAUGACUCAAAGUGGGUUUCGAAUAGAGGAUAAGGGAAUCUCAAAGAACCAAAUCACAGAAUGAGAACCAGAUUAUUUAUUCCUGACAACAAUACCUAAUACAGACGUCCGGGCUUAUCUGCAGUCCCUGUAUGCCUACAAGUAAGCAGGUCUUAUUACAGCGCAGCUGCAAAAAGCACCUUUCCUUUCCCUGUCCGGUCUUUUAUACAUUCGAGGCUGGAGUCCUGAUGCUGGAGUCCUGGACCAAUCAGCUUUCGCCACUGCCCUUGCUUAAAACGCUUUCAUGGUGUUUCUCCUUUUGUUUGUUCGCAUCUUUCCUUUGCAGGGGCAUCAAGGCGUCUGGAACAUUCUGCUUUUCCUUUGUUGCAAAGAAAGCUCUCAUAUGCGUACUCGAUGUUUCCACCUUAACUGUCAGUUGUCACGUUAGUCCUCUUUUUUUGUGUGUGGAGUCGUGCUCCAACGUGGUGUGUCCAGGGACCCACACCUGCGUGACCGACCAGACCAACAGUGCCCACUGCGUCAUGUGCCGUUCCACUCCCUGCCCCAAACCCCUGCCCUCUGAGCAGGCCAUCUGUGGCAAUGACAACAUCACGUACCCCAGUGCCUGCCAUCUCCGCCGUGCCACCUGCUUCCUCGGCCGCUCUAUAGGAGUACGCCACUACGGCCACUGUAACAGUCCUCCUCGGAAAGUGCACAUUUUUGAUGGUAAUGAGGAAAACGCUGUAUAGAUUCUGCUCAGCGAAUCGGUAGCUUUCCAAGAUGACCUCUAUUGUUUUUUUGUUUUUUUUUAAUGACAGUCAUCCCUCUCAUUUGUAGAUAAUUUCAUAUGAACGCAUAGGCGUAUCACAGGCCUAAAGAUGUAUACUAGUAGUUUUUCCACAGUUCCAAUAGGGCUGCCCUGCCACUACCCAUUUUAGGGGCUCUGUGCGUCAUUGUCUCCAAGGUUUGUAUUGUGUAUUUAGUCAUGUGCUUUACAAUCAACAUUCAUAAUUUGGCUUGUUACAUACUCAAAAAAUAUAUAAACGCUACAUGUUAGUUUUGUUCCUAUUUUUCAUGAGCUGAACUCAAAAGAUGUACAACUUUUUAUGGACACAAAAAAAGGCCUAUCUCACUCGCACAGCUAAGCCUUACGUUGGCCACAAAGAAAGGCCAUUCCAAAAUGUACAGUAUUGAGGGUGGGUCCUUGGGGGUCUGGGCUCAGUACCUGGGGUGACCACUAUUUGAUUCAAAUACCAUAUACGCAGAUCCCAAGUAUCCAAAAUAUGAUCGGUGGGGUUAUGGUAUUGGAAGGCGUACUGUCCUGUUGAUUUGAGUGAGACAGAUUUGAGAGACAGUGACAACAUCCUGAGGCCCAUUGUUGUAACAUUCAUCCACAAACAUCACCUGAUACCGCAGCAUGAUAAUGCACAGCACCAUGUCGUAAGGAUCUGUACACGGCUCCUGCAAGCUGAAAACAUCAGAGUCCUAAAGUUAAAAAAAAAAAUUAAUACUGUACAUACGCAACAUGCCUGUGUGGAAGCCUUCAGCAAAAAGAUGUACGCUCGUGAAGUCGCCCGGUAAUAAAAAAAACAACAACAACAACAAUUUGCGUUAGUUUGUGGCAAAUGAACACAUCAAUAACAAGACAUAACUCUACAACAAACAUGUGCAUAUUGUAAAUAGAUUACCACAACUAUUUAUUGGAGAAGGUAUCAAUCACUAUUUAUGUUCUUAAUCCUAUUAACAAAUCCAUGUAUCCAAAACAAUGUAUUUAUUGUGUUUACUGUUUAUUCUCCCACUGGGAAACCACAUUUUUACAGUCUCGUUUCACAACAGUUUUUUCCCCACCAUUAAGUUGAUGAGAAGAAAUCCUAAUGUGUAUGGAAAGCUGGUUUAUAGCGCGGCAAUUUUCAAAGUUGCACCGAUUGUUAAAGUUGUUUUUGGGCUAGAAAAGACCUAAACCAACCUGUACACACUGUUAUGUUUACAGCAACCAGAUCCAAACAACUGCAACAAUACCUCCUCUGUUAAACACCCUUUUUGUUUUUGUAAAUACUUUGUUUUGUAGGACAUGGUCUAUCAUCCCGGCUCUGUUUUGCUGUUCCAAUUUGAUCGGAAUUCCUAAAAGAAUUUAGCGGAGGGAGGAGAGGCAAAGAUUGAAUUAGUCUUGGAAUGGACCACAGUAGCUAUAUAAGCCAACACUUGAUGUAGUCUUGUGUUGUGUCGACAUCUGCCAGAUGACUCCAAUGACUCCUAAAGUCAAUCCUCCACAGUGAACAUUUCAAUUAACUCAUUUCUGUCUUGUGUGUAAUACCUACUGUGAAAUUUCAGCAAUAAAUACAUCAUAUUUUUGUACUUCUGUACUGUUUCCACAUAAAGUUGAUAAGACACUCA